AUGAAUUUAUUUAGCAGUAAUUCUGAGAAUAGUAGUGUACAUAAUGAGGAGAAAAAAAAUAUAAAUAAAGCUUAUAACAAUGAUACAAUUUUGCUUAGUAAUAAUGAAACGAAUAAAAUAAAGAAACGGAAAAAUGGUCUUAAAAAAAAUUGUUUGUUUAGUAGUAAUUCAGAUAGUAAUAAUGAUAUAGACAAAAAAAAUAAAAUAAAAAAAAGAAAAAAAAAACUUAAAAAGGGAAAUAAUAUUUUGAGUAACAAAUUGGAUGGUAGUUACAAUCAUGAUGUGACAGAAUUUGAAAAAAAAGAAAAGAACCUAUUUAAUAAUAACAUAAAUGAUAAGAUUCAUUCACCUGAGAAAGGAAAAAAUAAAACAACUGAAAAAAGCUUGUUUAGUAGUAAUUCAAGUGACACAAAAAGCGAAAAAAAUAGAAAUGGUAUGACAUUUAAUUAUUCCCUUUUUAGUGAUGACAAUUCAGAAAGUGUAGUGAGUCAGGGUGUAAAUAAAAAAAAAAUAAAAAUAGGAUAUAAUGAAUCUUUAAAAAGUGAAAAAAAUAAAAUAGCUAGUCGAAAUAACAAAAAAAAUAAAAGAUUGAAUAGUAGAGCCAAAUUAAAUAACAUUUCAAAUAUAAGUAAAAGUAGUAAUAGUUCAAAUGAAAAUAGAAAUAAAAAAAAAAAAAAAUAUGAGCAUAAUCUUUUUGAGGAUGAUACUUUAGAAAGUUAUGUGUCUCACGAAGAAGAAGAAGAGAGGAGUGACAACAAAAAAAAUAAAAAGACAAAAAAGCUAACAAAAAUUGUAAAAAAAAAUAAAGGAAAAAACAAAAUAGCCAAUAAUAACGAAACAUUAGAUAAGUAUAUAGAAAAUGAUGUGAGGGAAAUAAAAAAAAAUGACAAUGAAGAUAAAAACAAAAGUAGUGGAUUUGCAAAUGAAACUUAUGAUAGUAAAAAGAGUAGAUCAGAGAGUUUGUAUAGGUUAGUAAAAUUUGAACAACUAAAAAAAAAAGCUCAAAGGAAAUUAAAAUUUUUGAGUAUUGUUGAUAUGGAAAAGGAUGAAAAUGAAUCGGAAAGUGAAUCUGAGAAUGAAUCUGAAAAUGAUUAUUCGGAAGCUGAUUCUAUUUUAAAUGAGUCAGACAAAAGUAGUAAAACUUUAGAAAAUUCUUUUUUUUCAGAUAAUUAUGAACAUUCAGAAAAUGAUGAAACACAGAAUAAUAGUGAACAAAGUGAAAAUAUCGAUACGAUUGAUAUAUAUAACUAUUAUUACAUAGACAAUGAAGUAAAAGAUGUAAAUAAAAAGAUUGAUCUUGAAAAAGUAAUACCUCCAUCAACUGAAGCAAGGUAUGAUGAGCUAUAUAAUAUGUUAUUUGGAUUCGAUAAUUCUAAGUCAGUCAAAAAUGUAGAUAUAAACCCAAGCAAUAACAAUGAGGAUAAAAAUGGAUCUAUACAUGCUUAUAAUGAGAAUAGAUGUAAAGAAAGUCAAAAAAAUAAAGAGAAAAAAAAAGAAAUAAAAAAAUCAUUGGAAAAAAAUUUUAUUUUAUACAGAAACUUUAGAAAUUUAAACAAUGAAAUAUCAAGACAAAAUAAUAAAAAGGGACUUAUAUUAAAAGAAAUAGUAUCAUCAUUCAUUAGAUUGAUAAAUGAAAACAUGCUAAAUAAUGUUGGAAAUGUUGGAAAUGGUGAAAAUGGUGAGCAUGUUGGAAAUCGUGAGCUUGGUGAAAAAAGAACAAGCAGGAUAGAGUAUGAAGAGGAUUUUAAUGAAACAAGCGAGGUUGAGGAAAUGUUCAUCAGUUUUGAGCAAAAUGAAAACAAUAAAAGAGGAGACGAAGAAUUAUUUAACAUUGACAAUGUUGGUAAUGUUUGUAGUGGCGAGUUAAAGAAUGAAAAUAUUGACAGCUUAAAAAAUAAAGAAUGCUUCUGCCUAUUUUGUAAAGAACAAAAUGAGGUACUACAAAAAGAUAAAAUAAAUUUAAUAAUAUUUAAAAUUAUAAAAGACAAUAAAAAUAAAAAUACAAUGAUUAAAUCAUUUUUUAUGAAUAAUUAUAUUUUUAAAUUGUUUAUAAAUCAUUCGAUACAUAAUAAAUAUAUUAUAGUUGUUUGUAAGGAGAGGAAGAAUGAAAAGGGAUAUAAAUAUUCAAGCUAUUAUAAAUGGAGUACAUUAAUAAUAAAACGGUUUAAUAUUAAGAAAAUUUUACAUGUUAUACCUAAAAAGGUAGUACUUACAAAUAUAGCUAUACAUAUAUAUGCUAUAAAUAUUUUAAAUGAAAAUGAAAAAUUAAUAGUUGUAAUAAAUUUUUUAAAAUGGAAAAAGAUCAGAAAGAAUUAUCAUGAAAUUUUAAAACUAAAUAAUAAAGAAAGAUAUACAAAUUUAAUAAUAUAUAAAAAGUUUUCUUUUUUUAUUAAUUUAAUUGAUAAAUAUUGUUCUAUAAAAAAUAUAAAUUUAGACAUAAAUAAUAAUGAUGAUAAAAUGGGUUGUAAUGCAAGAAUAUCUAACAUUGACAAGUCAGAGUUUUAUGGCAACCCAAAUAAAAUAAAAAAUAAUACACACUAUAGUAAUACUUAUAACGAACUAAAAGUAAAUGAAAUUGAAGAAAAUUUGAAUAUACAUUUGGAAAAUUCAGAUUUACAAUUUGUUUUAGUAGACCCAUUGAAUGUGUCAUCGCAUAAUGAAUCAUAUCUUUAUCCGUCUCAUUGUGUAAUACUAUUUUAG